AUGAUCUACAACCUGCUCCAGUCGAUCCGGCUGAUCGGCGACGGUGCCCGCAGCUUCACCGACAAUUGCGUCGCAGGCAUCGAGCCCAACCGCGCGCGUAUCGACCAGCUCCUCCACGAAUCGCUGAUGCUGGUGACCGCGCUAAACCCGUAUAUCGGCUACGACAACGCCGCCAAGGUGGCGAAGAAGGCCCACGCCGAGGGCACGACGCUGAAGGAGGCCGCGCUUGCCCUCGGCGUGGUGAGCGAUGCCGACUUCGAGCGCUGGGUCGAUCCAACGAAGAUGACCGGCCCAACGCCUUAG